AUGGAUGACCAAAAUGUGCCCAAAACCGAGGAUGGCGAGACGCCUUCUCAAGAGAUAGACUUCGUCACCUUAGGAAUGUUUAUUAUAGAUGAAAUUGAAUAUCAGCCGCCGCAACCCCCGGUAAGAGAUAUCCUCGGCGGUGCCGGCACCUACUCCGCCCUAGGGGCACGGUUGUUCUCACCGCCGCCGCUCUCAAACACUGUAGGUUGGAUCAUCGACAAAGGUUCCGACUUCCCGGAAGCCCUACAAGACCUCAUAUCCACCUGGGAGACCUCCGUGCUGAUCCGGCCUACGCCCGAGCGUCUUACUACACGCGGCUGGAAUGGCUAUGACGAGCAUCAGAAUCGUGCCUUCCGCUAUAUGACCCCCAAGAAGCGCCUGACCGCCGAGGAUCUCACGCCAACUCUACUCGCCUCCCGUUCCUUUCAUCUCAUCUGCUCGCCGACUCGGUGCCGCGAACUCGUGACCGAGAUCCGCGCUAGGCGGAGCGGUCUGAGCAGCGCAGAUGGUGGCCCCUUACCCAGGCCUAUCUUCAUCUGGGAGCCCGUACCGGAUCUGUGUACCUCGGACGAGCUAUUAAACUGUACUAACACCCUCCCUCACAUCGACGUUAUGAGCCCAAACCACUCCGAACUAGCCGGCUUUAUGGGCGACUCGGGGCUAGACCCAGAAACGGGUGAGAUUAGUACGAAAGCUAUCGAGCGCGCCUGCGAGCAGCUGUUAGGUUCCAUGCCGCUGCAGUCCUUCGCCAUCGUGGUCCGCGCCGGCGAGAAGGGCUGUUACCUAGCGCGGAACGGCGGGCGAAAGCGCAAAGUCCCCGGCAAGCAGCCGAAGCGCAAGAAGCCUUCCGCUUUGCUACAUGGCGGCUUGCAGCCUGAUACGGACAUGGAGGCGCUAUUCGCGGGGCUCCUGCAGGACCCCGAGGGCAUGGUCGCCCGCGAGGAAAUCGAAGUCGACCCGGGCGUCGAGCGCUGGCUCCCCGCAUACCACGCCGGCUCUCCCGACCGCGUCGUCGACCCUACCGGCGGCGGCAAUACUUUCCUCGGCGCCCUAGCCGUCGCCUUGGCCAGGGGGAAGAGCCUCGAAGAGGCAGCCGCGUGGGGCAGCGUCGCGGCCAGCUUCGCCAUCGAGCAAGUCGGCACGCCGACGCUAGGGAUGACGGAAGGCGGCGAAACGUGGAACGGAGUCCGCGUCGAUGAUAGGUUCCAAGAAUUCAAGGAUAGGCUGGCUUUCACUAGCUAG